CGACAAGCUACAAAGUCAUUAUACCAAGCUCUUAGCUGACAACGACGGCGCACAAAUUCAAAAAUACUUUGAGUGGCGAAUGGAGAAAUAGAAUUGAAAGAAAAUCAUUGCCUGAAAAUUUUGUGGAAACGCGCACAUUGAAUAGAAUUAAUUAGUCGGACGCAUAUACGUGCACCGUUAAAAUAAUAACACUAUAUGUAUGCAAAUAUUUUUUGUUGAUUCAAUUUAGACUGAAUAAAAGCGAAUUAAGGAUAAAAAGCAAGCUGGUUCAUAGGAUGUAAACAUUUUUUAUUUGCUGAAAAAAAUUGGACAAUAAGUUUUGAAAAAAUAUCCAAAUAGAAUUAAAAGUGCAUUUGGACCAAGUAAAAAAGAGUAGCGAGCAAAGAAAGCAGUAAAGUAAAAGUUAUAUUGCGCAAUGGCUACUUUUCAAAUUCRUCAAGACGCCGAGAAGGAAAAUCCCCAUAUAGCUGUUCCACUAAAAGAAAAACAUUUAGUUACCUGUAGCAACAGAGUGAAUGUUCUACAACCAUCUGGAUUUGGUGGGGUCACCGUCCCAAUCAAAGGAAAGCUUGGUGAUGGUGUUAGUCGCACUAAUUUUGCUGUGCUAAAUGCAAAUAACAAUGUGGCACAUGGACGUAAUAUAACUAGUGUUACAGCAGGUAGCAAAGUGGCUUUUCGUGAAGUGGGGAAUGCUAAAUCGCAUAAUGACAAUAAUUCAGUGUUUGCAGCUGCAGCUAUUAAGCAAAAUGUAGUAGAGCAGUUCAAAUCAUUUUCAGUUUAUGAGGAUCAACCAGAUGAGAGUUUGCAGACAUAUUGUUUCGGUGCUAACAAUGCAUCAAUUUCUCUUGCUAAUGGAAAGGAAAAUAUAUAUUUUGAUCAACAAAAUAAUCCAAAUAAAAAUGACUAUAAGCAUGAUGGUCCGCAGAAAGAUAAUAAAGUAUAUAACGACUGCCUUUUGGAUACCACGCCAAUGUCAGUAUCAGAGGUUCUUUCACCAAUGUCCGUAGACCGUUCCCAAGUGGGCAUUGCUCAACAAUCGGAAUCGCAAUUGAUUGAUGUUGACAAUGACGAUAAAAAGAGUACUGAWACAACCACAGAGGAAGGGGAACAACAGCGGCAUCUUAUUAUUCCCCGUAAUGAUCGUCAACGCUUCUUUGAAGUGGUGGAAUAUCAAAAAAAUAUAUUGGAAUAUUUCCAUGAAAGUGAGAAAAAACAUCGACCCAAGCCGCACUACAUGCGCCGCCAGGCCGACAUUAAUCAUUCAAUGCGUACGAUUCUCGUAGAUUGGUUAGUUGAAGUGUCUGAAGAGUACAAUUUGGAUACAGAAACACUAUAUCUUUCCGUUUCUUAUAUUGAUCGAUUUCUCAGCCAAAUGUCUGUGGUACGCAGCAAACUGCAGUUAGUUGGUACCGCAGCCAUGUACAUUGCAUCAAAGUAUGAAGAAAUCUACCCUCCAGAUGUUGGUGAAUUUGUAUUCAUUACCGAUGAUACCUAUAAUAAAGCCCAAGUUUUGCGAAUGGAGCAGAUUAUUUUGAAAAUUUUAGCAUUUGACUUAUGCACGCCAACUGCGUAUGUGUUUAUCAACACUUAUGCUGUAUUGUUAAACAUGACAGAUAAGCUAAAAUGUCUAACUCAGUAUAUUUGUGAAUUAUCACUUUUGGAAGCGGAUCCGUAUUUACGAUUUCUACCAUCAUUAAUGUCGGCUGCUGCUCAUGCACUUGCUAGGCACCUAUUGGACUAUACAAUUUGGAAUUCAGAAUUAGAAGAGAUAACAUCGUAUAAAUUAGAAGACCUCAAAGAGGUAAUAUUACACCUCUCUAAAUCACACAAAGCGGCCACUAAACUUGCGCAGCAGGCCAUACAGGAAAAAUACAGGGCAGAUAAGUAUAAAAAAGUUUCAAACAUCAAACCUGUUGAACUGGACGAUGAAGCAUUCGAACUUCUAGUACGUAAAAAUAAUGGUUUAUUUAGCAAUGAAGGGACCAAUCUUGGAAAGAUAUCAACGAAUUCAAGCAAUGAACAUUUACAGCGAACAAUUUCUUUGAUGUUCAACUGAUAUGUAUUAUAGGUGACACAUUGGAGUUCGUAUGUUAUGAAUUAGUGUUAAUUGAAAAACGCUUAAUUUUUGUUCGUAUUUUAUUUGUUCCCCGUUUUGAUUUUUGUACAGAGGCUUGACUAUCUUUUUUAUCAAGCAACCGUUUAGCACGGUUACUUAAGAUCAUUAUAUUUUUAAAUGCAUACAGAUUGUAAGAAAUGCAGAAUUUCCUCUAAAUGUAAAUUAUAAAUACUCUGUUAUGAUACUGUGAAAGUUAAAAAACACGCGAUCUAAAAUUUAUUUUUUUAAUUAAAAGUAUUUUAGGUCAACUUUCAAUUUAUUUUAUGGGUUGUCAUUUUGCUAAAAUCAAUCACGGUUGCUUGAAUAUUAUAGUAAUGCCAUUUAAGUGCAUGUAUCUAAAAAUAAAACAUACCCAUAAUCUUUAUAUUUUUUUUAGUAUUUUUAGUUGUUAUUUG